AUGGCCUCUCAUCCGGUCCUGAACGCCUCGUCCACAGUGACCCCAAGUUUGAAACCCUCACACCUGCCGCAGCCCACAGCCUUCCAGUUCGGUGGCUGCAAUCAGAAUCAAUGGGGGCCUGACUCCAUCGGCACGAUCCUUUUCGGGGUAGUCAUGUUCUUCAUCGGCAUCACUGCGCUUUGGCAAGGCAGAGUGAGGAGGCUGAGGCAUGAAGAGGAUGAAGAGCAAGGCCGAUGCACUCACGUUAGAGGCCGCCCGGUUGCUGUAGCAGAUGAGCUCGCCAUGGCAGAUCUUUCCGAGGUAUUCGGAAGCGAAAGGGUAGCUGUGGGGACGGAUGAGCAAGCUCGAGAGGAUGAAACGAUGAAGCAGGGGUUUGUGAAGAUUGAAACGGGCAUACGGACGGGUACGGAGGGGACAUUGGUAGGGCAUGAUGACGACGAGAGUGAGGGGAAGGAACUGGAGGAUUGA